UGACCAUUACACCCGUAGUCCAAAGAUCUAUUUAUCCGUAGUCUGUGCUAACAAGUCGUUUAACACUGCCGUGUUUAUGUCGUCGUGAUUUUUACUAUUAAAAAUAAGCAAAAUAGCAGUUAAAGUGUUAUUAAACAAAUUUAUGAUUGUGAUUUGAUGAACUGUUUGUUGGUUUAUUCCUACAUAUGUCCAGCAAGAUAGUUCCUGAUAAUCAUAGAAGAUGGAGUGGGUGCUUCGAAGUCCUCAAAUUCAUAGUACAUUCGGCAACCUUGGCUAUUCACAAGGUGAUAGAUAUCACGUAAACAAAAACUGCAAUUCUGCAUUAGAAACAAUCCUCCAUAAUAUUCUAUCAGAAGACAAGUAUUUACGCACUUACCGCCGAAACAUUAGUUUUGGACAACAUAUUAAAAAAGAUCUCAUUCCACUCUUACUACACGCUAGUGAAGAUAAAACUGUAGAAUUACUGAUAAGGGUAUUAGUAAAUUUAACCAUUCCAGUGGAAUGUUUGCUUUCUAUGAAUGCAAUUUCCAAAACAGAUUUCGGAAGACAUACAAUAUUUGAGAUAAAUAAUUUGCUGGCAGAGACUAAAACUGCAUUUGCCGAUCGUUGGGCAACAAGAGUCAUAAUAGGCUUUUUGAAGAAAAAUAUAGAGGUCGAUCGAAAAGCUAAGUUGUCGCCAGAGCAAUGCGACAACAUUAGCAAUUCAUUGUUACUACUAAGAAACAUUCUGCAUAUUCCAGAAGAUUUUUUUACAUUAAGUCCGAACUGCAAUGGAACUGCACUGCAUGGCAUCCAAAACCAAAUACUAUGGAACAUUUUUAGUCAAGGAAUUGAUAAAGUCCUUAUAAAGUUGAUGAUAAUACCAGAUGCGACCAAAUGGGCAGUCACUAUGGUACAAUUAAUUGCCUUAUUGUAUAAAGAUCAGCAUGUCGUAAUGUUGCAUAAACUUCUAAAUCAGUGGCUUGAAGCUUCACUUUCUGAGAGUUCCGAAGACAAUGAAAGUAAUACAUCUCCGCCAGGCAGAGACAGUGAAGGUUCCUCGCCAAUGCUUACGUCUGACCCUACAUCCGAUUCAUCAGACAAUGGAGGUAGUGGGAAAAGUAACGACCAAACUAAUGUCAAUUCAGUUUUUAAUGAUUGGAACGGGUCCUCUGCUAACAAUAGCACUGAAAAUAGCAACGAGCCUUUCCAACCGCCACCCCCAGCAACUGGAAAGCAAACUGAUAAAAUAAUAAGUGAUUAUAAUGAACACACAAAUAAAGAGAUGGAUUUUAAUAAUGUGGCAAAUUCUUCUUGUACAAUGAGCGGGCAAUCAGAUCAAAGUAAGGCUUCGAAGACAAAAGGAAAAAAUACAAUUAUAACAGAUAAUUCAGAUUGUGGCUACGGAACACAAAUCGACACCCAAGGUUCAAUUUCAACUUCUAGUAACGAAGAUGAGUUACCUACUAAAGAACCUGUCCACCAGAAACCACACAAUCCGAAACAGAGAAUCAACUACAAAGCUAGGUCAGGCACUACAACUCAGGACGGAAAGAGGAAAAAACUCGUCAAAAGGGGAAAGGCAAAUAUCUUAAAUGUGCAAGGUCUUUUUCAUAAAACUCCAAACGAUGAUGACAUAUCUAACGUAUUAAAAGAAUUUACUGUUGACUUUUUGUUCAAAGGCUAUAAUUCUUUAGUAAAGACGCUGCAGACUCAAAUUGUUAUAAACCUACAAUUGGAAAUAGAUAUGUCGCAUUUUUUUUGGCUUGUGACAUACUUUCUUAAGUUUGCAACACAAAUAGAGUUGGACUUGAAACAUGUUUGUUCAGUGUUAUCAUUUGAUAUAGCAUCCUAUUUAACCGCAGAAGGAGUAAAUUUGUGUGAACAAUUCGAACUUGCUAUGAAAUUGGAUGGAAAUGAUUUGAAGCCCAGCAUACGAAGGCUCCAUUUGGUGGUUACAGCUAUUCGCGAGUUUGUGCAAGCAGUUGAAGUAUAUAAAAAGUUUACGCAUAUAUGUCAAGAGGACCAGAAUGCACUUGUACGAUUACAAAUUCAAAUAUGCGAUACGGAAGAACUGCGUUCAUUGUUGGUAUUGCUUUUGCGACACUAUAAUCCAAAAUAUCACUCCAAACAGUAUUUACAGGAUCUUAUUGUAACCAAUCAUAUUUUGUUGAGAUUCCUUGACAAUGUUAUGAAAUUACCAGAAUAUACUGGAACUGCAAACAUGCUUGAACAUAUGGAACAAUUUGCAACAAGCGAGCUUAUGUACAAAUAUGGGCUGUUAUUAGAAGAUUAUGCGGUCAAUGGUGAAUUUAUCAAUGACUGCAUUUUUACGCUGAUGCAUCAUGUCGGAGGAGAAAUCGGUAGUCUCAUAACUCUUUUCCAACCAAAAAUACUAAAAACCUUCACUUCUAUUUGGAAAUCUGAAUUCGAAAUAUGCGAUGACUGGUCUGAUCUUAUAGAAUACGUGAUUAAUACAUUUAUAACAAAGCCGCAAACUCUACACACUUCUGCUAACUUCCGAUUAGACACUGAAAAUUUUGACGAUGACAAUGUGAUUGUCAAACCUGACGCCGCCGUUGAGUCGUUCAUCAGUAAACUGAACCACGAAGACAUCAAGAAGAAGUCUAGCGCUGCGAGCACUUCACUUAUGGAAAGAGAUAGGUUAUCAUCUCUAAGCUGGAAUUACAUGCAGUGCAGUACUCAAUCGGAUCCCAUCGGGGAGCUCGUGAAAAUCUACAAAGAGGAUGGAAUUGUCAAAUCGAGAGAUUCGAUCAUCAAAGAGCUUUUAGAGCGAAAUUUGAUAGAUAAGGAGACCUUCGACAAAUUUUCGAAAGGAGAAAGUGAGCGGUGCCCGAAAAACUCUCCAAACAAAGAAAUAAGAGAUGAUGAGAUUAUAAAGAUGUGUGAACAACUCACCCAAGAUGGAAAGUCUAAAUUCCUUGUGUGGGUUCAGAAAGUACUGUUGGAAACAUGUUACGCAAAAAUAUGCAUUAAAAAACGAAUGAAUUAUAAUGGCGGUAAUGCUUUCUUGAGAAAAGAGUAUCACAUUGAAGAUCUUGGAGAAAAUACGGAAGAUUUACCUGUGGUAUCGCCCGUGUCAUUUCACUCUCUUUUGUGCAAUCAAUCUGUUCCUCUGGUCCCAUGGAAUUGCGAUCAAGCUGCCAUUUGCAAAGAUCUGAAGUUUUUGCAAUUGUUACACAAGCUUGGAUUCCAUAUGCCAGUCGAUUCGGGGAAAGUAUUCAUUCGUAUACCACACUUCUGGAAUGCUGUAACCCUUUAUGAGGUUGCUGGUAAAAUAAUACCAAUUGAUGAAAGUCAAUUGAAAUUCUCAAUAAACGAUAUAACUGACAGUAGCGGCGAUUACCAUAUAAAUGAAAUGGACAGUUUCGUUCAGUCCAAGGAUCUCUCAGAAGAAACAACCUUGAUUGACAACCCUGAGCCUGGUUCGUCGUUCAACUCUGAUAUUGGGGAACCUGAGAAGCCCACAUGGUUUGAACUGAUAAAGAAGUCGCAAGAGUACAAAUUAACACUAAAUUUAGAAGGACACGUUUCGAAAGCGGAAACGGAGUUAGAUUCGGACGUGGAGAUGUCUGAGGCAGUGCAGACGCCGCGCGCGCCCGUCCUCGCUGCCGCGCCGCCUCCCUUCGUGCCGCCGUCCUUCGUGCCGCCGCCCUUCGUGCCGCCGCCCUUCGUGCCGCACUCGCUGCUCAUGCCAGUCCUGUCCACCGCUAUGGUCGUCCAGCAAUCCGAUAUCAAUAACUUCAACGUUCGGCUGGCCGAGCCGGACUAUUACAAUCACAGUGUGUGUGAAACAGCUUCCGUCGCCUCGGAUCUGACGAGAAUGUACGUUUCCGACGAAGACGAAAAACCGGAAGUCCUGAUUCGGCCCGUGAGUCCCGCUACCGAAGAUUCGUUGGACCUCGGUGUAUCCAGAGCUAGAAAACGGCCGCGAGUGUAAUUCUCUCCUACGUUUUAAUACAAAUAUCGAAUUAUUCUACAAAUAAAGUUAUAAAAAUACAGUACCUAUUGCAUGUGUGUAAUAACAAUCUCUUAAGAGACUACUACGCUACGUUAAGACACAAAUUUAUAUAAACACUUAUUGUGUUUAGUAAUAAACAUUUAAAUAUCAUUUCAAAUACAUAUUUGUAUGGCUUGCUAGUUAUAGGUUAUUUUGGAAUAAUUGUUUCCAAAUAAAUAUUAUUAAGUGUACUUAGGUAGUUUGAUGUUAAUCAGAAUGGGUAAAUUAGUUUUAUUGAACCAAAUUAACCAUUUUAUAUUUUAUGUUUGUUAUGUAGCUUUUAUUGUCUUUUUGGGAUACAUUUUUUGUUAAAUAAACGUCUAGGAAAUUAUAAAAAAUAUUUUUUAUUUAUUUACAGGAUUAACAAUAUAGUUACACAUCUAGUAACAAAACAACAAGAAGGCGUUAAUAUUUUUGUGCCUUUUUAAAACCAAAUAACAGAAGAAGUUCAAAGCAUUCUGUUCCUAUACAUACAGUAAAUAAUCACGUCAUCAGUCAGGUACACCGUAAUAACAACAAUAACGACAUCUUAAAUUAAUAGUAACUGGAACCGUCCUGGUUGCCACUUGACUUUUGUUUGCUAAAAUAGUCUUGCAACGCCUGAUCAUAGCUCUGCGAUUCCUCCGGUUCAUGAGCGGCACUAUCUUGAGGUGCGGAAUAUCCUUCAUAACUACUGGCGGGAGGAUCAUAGGAACUACCUGGGGCACCUUCAUAAGAAAUGUCGUCGCCGAAGUUCUGGCCAUAAUUGGAGUUGCCGCCGGUAAACGAUUGACCUUCCUGGCCAAAAGCAUGUCCGUCUUGCGGUUCUUGAACUUGAUACGAGUUGCCCUCUACUCCUAAGCGGUGCGUGUUAAAUUGGUUGUUCCCGCCAUAGGUUCCUUCAUUGCUGUGUCCGGAUUUGGUAGGAGUUACAAUAUGUGGCACUUUAAUGAUUUGCGGAACUGGCACAGGGUAGGGUUUGGCUACUUGCACCGGGUAGGGCACCUUUUCCCUAACCUUUACGGGGUAUGGCACAGGCACCUUCACUGCGAUAGUUUUCGUGAUUUUGAUGACUUUUACUGGUGUUUCGGGUAUCUCUACAUGCUGACCUAGAUCUUGAAGUUCUGUUUCGUAGCCGUCGAUAGGAAUAAUAUGCGAGUGAUGGUGGGAAGCGGCUGCGAAGUAUAUGCACAACAACAGGAAUAUUGAUUUCUGUAACAAAAAAAACAACAAGUGAAAAAUUGAGAGCUAAACAUGAAAUAACAUAGAUAAGUUUACGGUAUAGAAAUUCCUAUUUUGUUCUCCUUAUACAAAAUCAAAAAUGGACACAAAACAUGUUUUACGAAUGGGCUGUUUGUCACAUCGGAAGAAGAAAUAGAAAGAAAGUGGUACUUAGGUUACUGUAUUACGUAGGUAUUGAAAGUAUUGCACAACAAUCAGAUGUUCCAGAUAAUGUCUGACCGACAAAAAAUAUAAAAGAAAACCAGAGCAACGCAGGUGAUAUUACUAACCGGAAUCUCCAUUGUGCCGUGGGUGAGUGUACCUCGACAGCGCGUCUAAAAAACUAUCGAGUGUCAAGUGUAUUGAGGGCCUUAUAUAUGGCGCAUUCUCUUGCAGCGAGGGACUGGCAACUCGCCACCCGCCCAAUUACUUUCUUUACUAGCAGCUAGCCGACACUUACAGGCCACCAGCGGUGGCGACUGCACUAAUAAAUUAUAUAAGUAUUAUAUACAUUUUACUUGAUUCAGCUAUAUCGGUUGUUUAUUAUUGUUUAAGUCAAUUAACUUUUAUAUGGUAAGAUAGGCUACAGUUGUGUGCUCGCUACCCACCUAGGUAAACGUAUCUUUGGCAUUGAUCUUGCUUGCUAUUAAUUUGAUCCUGUAAUUAUUACCUACAAAUAACGAAUAGUUACGUGGUUAUAUAUAACGUUUAGAGUGCUAAAGAUGGGCUCAUGGGCUCUCCUGUUACAUACCCAAUAAAGGGAUAAAACAUACAUGGAUGCAUAAUGCGAAGAUCAAACGUGUAAUAGAAUUAGCCUGGACAAAUACACGGUAAUUUGCAAUCACCGUUUCCAUUCAUAGUUAUUUUCAACGCAUUAAAAAACAUCUAAUUAAAUCAAAACCUUCUCAAAAUUAUGCCUCAAAGAUUAAGUCGUAAUUUAAUAAAAGAUAAAAAACUUUGUUAUAAUAUACUUAUUACCCAAGAACUUAUUAUUGGUUAUGUCGUACGUAUUUUUUAUUAAUAACUAUGGCC